ACUCUCUCUCUCUCUCUCUCUCUCUCUCCUAAAAGACACACAUUUCUAGAGAUAGAAGAGCUAACAAUCUUGAUGCAGAUUUUAAAAGCGGUCUCUCUAGAGAGAUAGAAGAGAGAACAUGAACAGAACACACAUCUAUUCUAUUGCCUAUUGAACUGAAGAGAGAGAAACUUUUUCCACAUCUACACUUUCUUUCUCUCACUAUAUUCACAUAUGUUUCUGUGUAUCGCUGAUUCGAAACCCUAGAGAUUGUGUGUGUGUGACGAGAAGGUUUUGGUGUUUGAUGUGAGAUAUUGUGGUAGAUCCGAGAUGGAGGAAGUUUCCGGCGACGGCGGAUGGACAGCGGAUAUGAGUUACGGCGGCAAUGUACGGUUGACGGCGGAGCCUGCGACGCCGUUGAUGGCGUCAGGAUCAUCUUUCAAGGAAGGGGGGAAGAGUUCGAGGAGGCGAGCUCCGCAGCGGCAGCCGAGUAUGGACGCGGAUGAGUUCAUAAAUUUGCUGCACGGCUCGGAUCCGGUGAAGGUGGAGCUCAAUCGGUUGGAGAAUGAAGUCAGGGAUAAGGAUCGAGAAUUGGGGGAAGCCAAUGCGGAGAUCAAGGCAUUGAGGUUGUCAGAACGCCUUAGAGAGAAGGCAGUUGAAGAGCUUACUGAAGAAUUGGCCAGGGUGGAGGAGAAACUCAAGUUGACAGAGUCUCUUCUAGAAAGCAAAAAUCUUGAGAUAAAGAAAAUCAACGAUGAGAAGAAGGCCUCUAUGGCAGCUCAAUUUGCAGCAGAAGCCACUCUUCGAAGGGUUCAUGCUGCUCAAAAAGAUGAUGAUAUGCCUCCAAUUGAAGCCAUCCUUGCACCUCUGGAGGCUGAACUUAAGAUUGCUCGACAGGAGAUUGCGAAGCUGCAGGAUGACAACAAGGCAUUAGAUCGCCUCACCAAGUCAAAAGAAGCUGCUUUACUUGAUGCUGAGAGGACUGUUCAGAUUGCAUUGGCAAAGGCUUCCAUGGUGGAUGAUCUCCAGAAUAAGAACCAAGAAUUGAUGAAGCAGAUAGAAAUUUGCCAGGAAGAAAAUAAAAUUUUGGAUAAAAUGCACCGCCAAAAGGUUGCUGAGGUUGAGAAGCUUACCCAAACUGUACGUGAGCUUGAAGAGGCUGUCCUUGCUGGUGGUGCAGCAGCAAAUGCUGUGAGGGAUUACCAACGCAAAGUUCAAGAGAUGAAUGAGGAGAGAAAAACUCUUGACAGGGAGCUGGCACGUGCAAAAGUGACAGCUAACAGGGUGGCAACAGUAGUAGCUAAUGAAUGGAAAGAUUCUAAUGACAAAGUGAUGCCGGUGAAGCAAUGGCUUGAAGAAAGAAGGUUUUUGCAGGGAGAGAUGCAGCAACUCCGGGACAAGCUUACUAUAACUGAAAGAGCUGCAAAAUCUGAAGCUCAGUUGAAAGAAAAAUACCAACUGAGACUCAAAGUACUUGAAGAGAACCUGAGAUUGUCAAACAGUAGCAAUCGCAGCACUCCAGAGGGAAAAAGCGUGAGCAAUGGCCUUUCGCGUCGCCAAUCUUUGGGUGGAGCUGAUAACAUCUCCAAAUUGACCUGCAAUGGUUUUUUACCAAAGAGAUCUCCAUCCUUUCAGUUGAGGUCUUCUGGUACCAGUUCGGUAUUGAAGCAUGCAAAAGGGACAUCAAAGUCAUUUGAUGGCGGCACUCGGUCAUUAGAUAGGGGUAAAAUUCUCUUAAAUGGAACAGGUCCAAAUUUUAAUCUAAGCCAAUCUUGCGAAGGCACAAAGGAAGCUGAAGUCAAUAGUAAUACCUGGAAAGGAAAUCCAGAAGAAAAACCCAAUGACUUCCUGCCAAUGGAUACAGAGGAUACUGUUCCCGGGCUUUUGCAUGAUUUGCUGCAAAAAGAAGUGAUUGCCUUGAGGAAAGCUGGUCAUGAAAAAGAUCAAAGCCUUAAAGACAAGGAUGAUGCAAUAGAGAUGUUGGCAAAGAAGGUUGAUACUCUAACCAAGGCGAUGGAGGUUGAGGCCAAGAAGAUGAGAAGGGAGGUUGCCGCCAUGGAGAAGGAGGUAGCUGCCAUGCGUGUGGACAAAGAACAUGAAAACAGGGCCAAGCGGUUUGGGAAUUCUAAGGGUCCUGUGAACAAUUCACAGCUGCUCCCUGGAAGUGAAGGCUUGUGAAAAUAACCCAUUAGUUUAUCUUAGUUACUUUUUUCCUAAUUUAAAUAUAACACGAGGUGGGUUAACACGCAGUACCCAAUGACAAGAACUCCAAUUGCAGCAGUAAGAGUAAUUUGGAAUAGGCCUUCUCUUGGGUCUUUUUAUCUUCUUGUUUCCCCCUAUUUUCCCCAUCUGUGGUUGAUUACAAUGUUGUAACUAGCGUGCCAGUGGUCCCGCAUCCACUGAGUUUGACAAGAAGUGAAAAUUCAACUUGGGAAGAGAACUGGUGGAAGAUGUUGGUAUGCUUCUUCUGAGUUGGACUGUUAUCCUUCUGGUUAGAAGUCGUCAAGAUAGAAAAUGGAGGAUAUUGAAGUUGAGCUAACCUUAUGUUAGAUUUAUUUUGAGUGGGCAGUAAUUGUGUGGUUGUAUAGGUAGCUUGUUGGCAUUUCCUUACGUGGUCUGCUGCUUUUUCCCCCCUCUCGUAUGCAGCCUAUAUUUGUAAUCUGCAGCUAGUGUGAGUGUCAUCGGUAAAGGUUUGUCAAUAUUCUUGUAAUAUCUGAUAAAAAUCAGAGUUUCCAUGAUUACGUCCCUUUUUCAUCUAUAGUUACUCGGCUUUUUCUUUGUGCACGAAUGCUUGUGAAUUGUUAUUUGUCGGAAAUAUGCUUUUAAGACUGUUUCUCCA